AUGUUUUCGUCCUUCGUAAAAUCAGUCUUUUCGUCACUUAUUUUGCUGGUUCUUCAUCAAACAAAUGGUACAAAUAUUACAUUCGUUCCACAACCUACUCAUAUAACAGUUGCUGAUCUUCCGCAACCCUAUGAUACACCACACGUUGUGAGAGAAGCUAUAGUAUACUCCGUUCCUACAAAUCCUCUCUUAUACGUUCCCGAUGGAUUCACCGUGAAAUUAUAUAUGAGUGGUCUUUCAUCACCACGAUAUCUAACUUAUACACCCUCUGGUGAUAUCCUUGUUAGUGAAUCAGCUGCUAAUCGAAUCUCUUGUCUCGUUGACAAUAAUAAUGAUGGUUAUCCAGAUCAGCGUCUAACAUUUGCUGAUGCAUCAAAUGCACUUAAUUCUCCAUUUGGUAUGGCUUUCGUCAAUGGAUAUUUUUAUGUUGGCAAUCAAGAUGCCACUCGACGAUAUUUGUGGACAUCUGGAAGUCGAAAUAUCACAGGCACAGGUGAAAUAGUAAUGACUUAUCCUUCAUAUUAUCAUUGGACACGAACUGUUCUCAUUUCACCAAAUGAAAAUCAAAUAUUUGUUACUAUUGGUUCAGGAUCUAAUGUCGACGCAGAACCAUUACCACGAGCUUCUGUUCAACAAGCUAAUCUCGAUGGUAGUAAUCAAACAACAUUUGCUUUUGGUAUUCGAAAUCCUGUUGGUUUAGCUUUUCAUCCAAUUACUAGUGAUCUAUAUGUAACAUGUAAUGAAAGAGAUGGUUUUGGUGAUGAUCUUGUACCUGAUUAUUUUACACGUAUUCGACAAAAUGAUUUUUAUGGAUGGCCAUAUGCUUAUAUGAGUUCGAAUUUAACUGAUCCAAGGAGACUUCUCUUUAAUGGAACAAGUGAACGACCUGAUUUAGUAUCAAUUACAAAAACACCUGAUGUUCUCUUUCAAGCUCAUUCAGCUCCACUUGAUACCCGAUUUUAUACAGGUAAUCAGUUUCCUAGUCGAUAUCGAAACGGUGCUUUUGCAACAUUCCAUGGUUCAUGGACUAGAAGUAGUGGAACUGGUUUUAAUAUUGUUUUUAUUCCAUUCGAUAAUAUUACCAAUCGACCACUAGGUUUUUAUGAAGAGUUUGUUUAUGGAUUUUUAACAAAUCCAUCUGGUCCUGAUACAUUUGGACGUCCAGUUGGAUUACUUGUUUUGAACGACGGUAGUUUGUUAUUUACCGAAGAUGGAAAUAAUCGUAUCUACCAGGUGCAGUACAGUCAGGACUCUACUGGUACUAACAUGGCGAGUACUAAUGCCGUCAAUCGCAUUAUUACACUGCUUAAGUCUCUGUUGUUGUAUUUUCUCCUUCAUUCUUUUUAUUUCUCUCGUGUCUGUUUAUUUUUCGUUGGUAUAUAGAACUAUCUGUAUCACUCUCACUCUCUACUAAAAGAGAUAGAACGAGAAAGCAGGACACAAUUGUACAAAGAAAGGGAAAUAGUAGAGUAUGGACGCAAUGGCGGGUGCGGAGUGGUGGACCGUGUCACAAUCUGUUCUUCGUUUGACAAGAUCUUCACAGAAUUCGAUCUUGAGAAGUAAAAUAUUUUAUUAUUCACUAGUCAAAAGGCGGGCAACCCAAAUGUUCCUUUGUAAGGUUCUACUUAGAGAAGGCGGCAUGCAGCUCUAAAUUUUCUGAAAGCUGAAGAAGCACGCAGCGGUCUCAUCCGCAUUCCCCAUUUAGCAGCGAGUCUACUUCUUCUUUUUUUUUAAGUCUAUAUUUUAUUUCUAGUCUUGUCCCGAUGUUGACAUCUCGGAUUGAAUUCAGCGAAAAUGAAGUCAUCAAGAAAACGAACAUAGAACGAUCGAUGCGGUACAAUGAAACUAGCAAUGCGUUCAAAAUCUCUCAGCUUAUGUUUCAAUGUAGAAAUUCAUGGAAAUGAUUGAUCAAGGCGAUUGAACGAAAUCAAGCAAACGGAACUACUGCAUUGCCACGGUAAUGAGUUUUUAAUUUAAAAAGCGCUGCGGCGUUGUACGGUGCAAUAAAGCGAAAACUGAUAGUCAGUCCUUCACUGCUACCUAAGAUUCGUGAUCCGAUAUUCAGAGCAUUUUUACGCUCAUUUUCUUUAUAGAAACAGUCGGGCGGCGCACAUUGCUGAGAGAGAUCAUCGUAGGACAUACUGAACUGCCACUGUUCGAUAAGCAAUUUAUCGACAAUAUUCUGAAUAGUUGUGUUAGGUAAGAAACGACUUAGUACCGAUGUGUCCAUCGCUGUUACACUACCGAUUGUAUUGAACGUAGUUCAUCAUCAGUUUUCAGAUAAUACAACAACACGUCGAUUAGAGCCCUGCAGGAUCCCUGUAACCUGCCCUGCCCGGCCAGGACAGGGUCAGAUUGCUGGAAUUUCUACAGGGCAGGUUGCAGGUCACUGGGGUCGUAACCUAUUAACCUGCGUCAAAAAGUGCACUUCAGAUGUUGUCGACAUCUAUUCAAGAGAUACACAGAACGAGAAAAUAGGUAAACUAUGAACUAGAUAAGAUUGGUUGCAACUGCUUCCAACGAAAGAGAAUCAAUGUAGUUCAUUCUUUAUAGGUAUAGCUACUCCAGCGUACAUACGAUAUAAUUCCCUAGUUUUGACUUAUUGUUUUUAUCUUUUUUCUUGCUAUCACACACUAUUCCACCUCUGGAAUAUCGUCAGCAUUUGGUCGUCUAAUUCGUGUAAAAAUGUCCAAGUCAGACUCGAAUAAGGAGAUGGAGCGAAAAAAGAAAGAAGUGAUGCAAAAACUGAAAGAUGGUCAAUUCACACCGAAAGCAGAGAAGCCAGUAUCUUCGCACGGACAGUCCGUUUGCACUUUCCCGAUCGAGAAAUAUGUCCCGAUCGGGAAACUUUCCCAAUCGGGAAAGAUGUUAUCUCAUGAACCAUAAGUCGUCUGGAGUGCGGCCAAGUUUUAUUCUGUCGCUUAGGUGAUUUUCAUUUGCUCUAUGUGAAAAGCUGAAGCUCCUCUUUGAUCGUUGGUUACGUGCCAUGCUAAAACAACUUUUUGCUGAAAAAUCCCUUAUUUUUAUUUCCCGAUCGGGAAAUAAGACAGGAUAUUUCCUGUUCGGGAAAGAUCAACUAUUUCCCGUUUGGGAAAGAUGUAUUUCCUGAUCGAAAAAUAAUGCGAUACUAUGCACUAUACUCUUCUUAAUGCUCAUUUUGACUUUCUGAAGGCUAACAUCUCAACCGGAACCUGAUGAAGAGAAAAGAAAUUGAAUAAUUUGUUCUGGCACGUAUCGAACGAUCAAAGAGGAGCUUCAGCUUUUCACAUAGAGCAAAUGAAAAUCACCUAAGCGACAGAAUAAAACUUGGCCGCACUCC